AGGAACGUGAGCGCGCCGAAAAGACAGCAGCUGUUUUGAGGACCCAAACGACUUAUUUUGCAGUGUGGAUUAUGGUGCUGAUCUUUUAGAGAAAGUAUUGUAUUAUUUGUAAUAACACAAGUAAUUAGAAGAACAGCUUACGACACGGUAGAAGGCUUAUAAAAAGCAACCGGGAACCUAGUUCUGCGAACAAAAUAGGAAGUCAAGUUAAGAUAAGAUAUGGAAGACGGUUUAGAGAAUGCAAAUGACCACAUUUCUAAAACUAACGUUUCUGACAGCAACAUGAUGGGUCCAUCAGAUGAAGAUACCACUGACGACGAGCGUGCAUUACCCCUCAGGGACUUCUAUCCCUAUAUUCGUUGUUCCCUUUGCAACGGUUUCCUCAUCGAUGCCACUACCAUAACAGAAUGUUUACACACAUUUUGCAAGAGUUGCAUUGUGAAAUACUUCUUCUACAGCAACAGAUGUCCAAAUUGUGCCAUUGUUGUACAUCAGACACAGCCAUUGUAUAAUAUCAGGCCAGACAGACAGCUGCAAGAUAUUGUUUACAAGAUGGUUCCCCAUCUGGAAGAACAGGAAAGAAAACGGAUGGUUGCAUUCUACAAAGAAAGAGGACUGGAAAUUCCUAAGACAUUUGCAGUCCAAUCUGCAGCCCAAGCCAAGGUGCAGAAAGCUCAGAAAGACCCUAUGCCCCAUCCUGUGUUUACCAUCCCGCCUGAACUGGAUGUCUCGCUGGUGCUGGAGUUUGUGGGGGCAGAGGAAGGCAUUGGGGAUUACAAGCCCCUGGAGAGGAAGUAUGUGCGCGUGUCGGGGGAAGCCACUAUCCGCCACGUAGAACUCUUCAUCAGGCGGAAGAUGGAGCUGACACCGAGCUGCCAGGUGGACGUGGUGUGUGGAGAGCAGCUCCUGGAACGCUGUCGAUCUCUCAGGGAAGUGCGCAGCAGUGUGGGACAGGACGCCCUGCAGGACGGCUUGCUGGUUCUUCACUUUGGAAUCGUGCUAUCAGACUAAAUGGAGGAUGAAGCGGCCAUACCCUGCGGUCACUGUGAAACUCAGCUAACCUCGGAAAUGAAAUCUGUGACACAGAGACUCAGGACACAAAGCCUCUGCAGUUCUAUGCAAUGCCUUAUUGGGGUUCGUUUAAGUAAACUUCCUCUCUUUCAAUGCCAGCCUGUAUGCUCUUGCACAAACCCCUAUUACUGUAAUGGAAGGGCUUUCAGCCAGGUCUGGUUUGUGUUGCUGUUUUUUUUUUUGUAAACUAAAGGGCUCAUAUCCACAAAUCCAGUACCUCUGUGCACAAAGGAAACAAGGGCUUAAAGUCUGAAAUGACUUUUCUUCCUGCUGUUGCCAUGAUUUGUUUUGUAAAGGUGACUUGUCUGCAAGAAUAAUUUUGGUGAAGGGUUGCUGCUUAUCUCUUAUGAAGGGCUCUGAUAUUAAUCAACAUUUUCUGUGAGAGUGGAAGGAUAAAGUUAAGUUUAAGUUAGCUGUUUGCUCUCUGGGGUUGCUGUGGUGUGUGUGUGUGUGUGUGUGUGUGUGUGUGUGUGUGUGUGUGUGUGUAUUAGGAACCUCAUAAGAAAUGGUUUUGCUUUUAACAACCAGCUUUACGUCUCGUCAUUAACUGCUGUUAUUAUUUCUAAAAUUGAAUGCUCCUUUGUCCUCUGAGUUUGGUUUUCAAUCAACUGCUGUGAGUCUAUCUUAACCCUCAAAUAUGAAACCAAAAAUAAGUCUAAUUUGUGACAUUUCACAUGCAUAACAGAGAUAUCAUAAUUUUUCAAUUGUGUGAUCUUUUGUAUUUACACUGUGAUAUAUUCCACUACCAGAUGUCACUUUGUACACUGGUAACAGCAUUAAAAAACCUGUUUUUCA